GCUUAAGAGCACCGAGUUUAGAGCCAGACCUAUGACAUCACAGGCAGCGAGCCCGAGGCAGCUCUCGUGCCGUCUUGGGGUGGAGUUAGCUCGGUCAACUGGAGGGUUGCUCAUCGGAUGAAGGAUAGGAGUCAGGAGCUGGGGAAAGGUUUAAAUCCAACGUGUUUUACGCAGCUGCCUUUCUAACAUUGUAGCAAAAUAAAAUAGAGAACAAGGAAGAGCUACCUGGUGCUACUACUGUACCGGCAGAAGGUAAAAGCGCAGGACCGUGGUGGUAGGCUUUAAUGGUUUUAAUCGUUUGACAGCUCAGUCCAAACCAAGAGCGGGAGAUUCCCAGAGGCAGACAUCACUUAGAUCCAUGCUCAACGUGGGUGAAGAAUUUGACUUGUAAAUUACCAUACUAUUGGUAUACAAAAUAAAUGGUAUACAGGUGUCAUCUUCAGAAGGCUGGGAUCUGGACAGAGAGCUACAUCAACAUGUCUCUGAUUUCAUCCUACUAUGCAGGAAAGAAUGUGCUCAUCACUGGAUCAACUGGAUUUAUGGGAAAAGUGCUGGUGGAGAAACUGCUCCGCUCCUGCCCUGAAGUCAAUGCAAUUUAUAUUUUAGUGAGGCCAAAAUCGGGACAGUCCAUGCAGGAGCGAGUGUGUGAUAUGAUGAAAUGCAAGGUGUUUGACAGAGUUCGAGAAGACUUCCAAAAUUUCCAGGAGAAGAUUGUACCCAUUAGUGCUGAAUUAACCCAUCCAAAUCUGGCCAUCAGCUCUGAAGAUACUGAAAGGCUUCUUUCAUGCAUCAACAUUGUCUUCCACUGUGCAGCAACUAUUCGUUUUGAUGAGCCCCUGAAGCAUGCCCUGCGACUGAAUGUUUGUGGCACACAACGGAUACUUGCACUGGCUCGGCAAAUGCAAAAACUUGAUGCCUUUAUCCAUAUCUCUACCGCCUAUGCAAACUGUAACCGAAGACAAAUUGAUGAGGUCAUCUAUGCACUGCCUGUGGAUCCAAAGAAGCUGAUAGACUCCGUAGAGUGGAUGGACGAAAGCAUUAUUAGGGAGAUCACACCGCAGCUGAUAGGAGACUGGCCCAAUACUUACACUUAUACCAAAGCUUUGGCUGAAUAUAUCAUUCAGCAGGAUUGUGGAAAAAUGAAUGUUGCAAUUAUCAGACCAUCAAUUGUUGGAGCCAGCUGGCAGGAACCUUUUCCAGGCUGGAUUGACAACUUCAAUGGGCCAAGUGGGAUUUUCAUUGCUGCAGGUAAAGGGAUUCUACGUACCAUGAAAGCAAAUAAUGAUGCUGUUGCUGAUUUGAUUCCAGUGGAUGUCGUAGUUAAUCUUACACUAGCUGCUGGGUGGUGCACUGCUGUACAAAGGCCAAAAACAACAAUGGUUUACAACUGUACAACAGGUGGUGUCAAUCCUUUCUACUGGGGAGAACUUGAACAUCAUGUAAUUUCAACAUUCAAAAGGAAUCCUCUAGAACAGGCCUUCAGGAGACCAAAUGCCAACAUGACAUCCAAUCAGCUGGUAAAUCAGUACUGGAUUGCUGUCAGUCACAAAGCCCCAGCGCUACUGUAUGACUUCUAUCUGAAAUUAACAGGAAGAAAACCCAGAAUGAUGAGAAUCUUCAACCGCUUGCACAAGUCUAUGAUGUUGCUAGAAUAUUUUACCAGUCAAUCAUGGGAAUGGAGUACAGAGAAUAUGAAUUAUUUAAUGGGUCAACUGAAUGCAGAAGACAGAAAAUCAUUCAACUUUGAUGCACGUCAACUUAAUUGGCCAGAGUACAUAGAAAACUAUUGCAUAGGAACAAAGAAAUACGUGUUGAAUGAAGACAUGUCUGGACUUCCUGCAGCAAGACAGCACUUGAAAAAGUUAAGGAAUAUUCGUUAUGCCUUCAACACCACUCUACUUGUGAUCAUCUGGCGCAUUUUCAUAGCAAGAUCUCAAAUGGCUCGGAACAUCUGGUAUUUUGUGGUCAACCUCUGUUACAAAUUCCUCUCCUAUUUCAGGGCAUCCAGUACGCUCAGGCAUUGAAACAGUGGAAGAAAUGCCCAGAAAGAUGUCUUCAUUCUACUUGUUCACCGUCUUUCUCUUUCCCCAGAUAAAUCUCAGCAAUUAUUUGGAUUUCAGGACUUGAAAUUAUUAACAGAUAUGACAACGUCCAUCUGUUCACUUUUUCAGUAUUCACUUGGUCUUUGACUUUCUAAGAGUUCAUUAAGUUCUUACUUUGUCUUAAACCCUAUAAUAUGUACUGGUUGAAAUCUGGUGACCCUUGUAAGUUUGGGGUUACAGGUCUAUGGAGUCUCUAAGCAUGUUAUGUGUUUGGCAUAAAAGGCCAUGUCUACUGCCCCUACAAUCAUUAUAAAUGGUCCUUGUGUGUAUAGUGUUACGUCUGAUUCUGGGCAUAUUUAUACACAUGCAUAAAACAGACCAGAAGUGUUUCCUAGGAGAACAGUAAUCCUAACAGCAUACUGAUGCUAUGUCGUGUAAUCUGCUUCUAACUGUGUACACCAAACUAAGUAUGUACCAAGCCCUUGAAACUAAUGUUUUGACAAUGUGACUCCAAAACAGAGAACUAAAAUGAGUUCAAAGAGUACCAAAGGCAAAAUUUAACUCAAAAUAGAGAGAGACACAGAACAAAUGACCUGGCUUUUUAAAGACAGCUGACAAGUAGCUCGGAUCCCAGGUUUCAAGUCUUGAAUGGUGUGGUAUCAUGUAACAAACCAAACUGUUGAUGAAGUUUAUUUGAAAUUGCUAAGGUAUGAGGUAGGUUAUGUAAAUAGGAAGUUUUAUUCUGUUGCACAUAUUAGUAAGUAGUGAAAACUGGGUGAAUGUAAAUGCGAAGGUCUUGCAGAAGUGGUCUGCUAGUUUCUUUAAUUUAUUACUCCCUCUUGUUCCAUUUUUAGAAUUGUCUUCACUUUGGCUUACACUGUUCAGCACUGCUACCACUACAGUAAUAUAUUCUACAAACCGGGAAAUCACAGGCCGGUAUCCCUUCUAGUGAGUAGCACUUAAAAUAGUGUGUGUGUAGACUUUUAAUCCAUAAUAAUCUACACAGGUAUGUUUGCUAGUUCGGGUGACCUUUCUUUCUGUUUGCAAGUUGCACUGUGUAACUCUGACUUUUUUGUUUUGAUUUUUAAAUGCCUUUUUCACUUAUUACUAAGGACAUGAAAUUAGAUAUUGCAUUAAAAUAAUACAGAACUCACAAUAUUGAACCUCUGCUGAAGAAACUCCAGAACAUCAUCAUGAUUUCUGAAUUGUAAUCCCAUGCCCUUCAUAUCAUUUGUUGCCCUUCUUCAUGUUGUUGUGACUACACACUUCCCCAAAGGAUCUAUUAUGACUGGUUGUUAGAGGCAGAUACAAGGCAUUUCCCCCUAAUGGAACAGAAUGGUACAUUAGUUAUUCACUCAUUCUUAAGACUCCGUAGCUGUCCUUCCUAUGCUCUGAAUACAUCUCAAAUCUCAACUGUUUAGUAACACAAGCUGCCUUUCUUCUAGAUGUUAGAAGCAUUUCCUUACAAAGGUUGAAGGGACCAAGUCUAUGUCAAUAGUGGAUGACAUGCUUAUUAGGCACAGCAUUGUCAACCUACAGUUUUAAUAAACAGUGAACAUCUUAAACUGUCACCUCCAGUGUGGAUUAUGAAAAAUAUGAAUAAUAAUUGGCUUCUGUAGUAGAUUUUUACUCUAAAUAAAUGCAUAAUAACAUAAAAGGUGUUUAAACAUUCUGCAUAAAAAUGUUUUGACUGAAGUGAAACAGUUAAGCCUAUUGAGAUACAACGGAAUUAUAUUGCCACAUCACUCAUAAGUAUCUUAAGCAGUGCCCCAUGAAACUGUUGGAAAUAAAAAUAGCAUAGAUGGGGUGAAAAAAGUGUGGUUGUGGUAAAUGUAAUAUACCUGCCUUUUCACUCUAGGGACCAUGUUUUCUGAUUUGCAAAUCUAAACUUAUUAGCACAGUAUUCCCCAUCAUAUGGAUACAUUUUGAUAUUGUGCACAGAAUAAUACUUACCAUGCCUCAACAAUAUUUUAUUUGCUUAAAAGGAUGUAUAAUGUGUUCAAAGUUUACUGUCUUCCAAUAUAAGGUGUGUGUUAUUCAUUACAGGAUAUCAAAGAAUCUAAUAAAGUUUCCAUAUCAAAUUA